UGAAGGCCUUGGCUGGGGAAGCGAAAGCGAAAGCUGCCCGAGCCCUGACGCCCGCCUUGGCCGAGCGUAGCUGGCUGACCAGAGCCGGUAGCGAAGUUGGGAGAGACGAAGCGGACCUCAGCGCUGAAGAAGAAGCCCCCGGAGCUGCAGUCUCCCCGCCGCGGCUGAGCCAUGCCACUCCCUGACCUGAGACCCUGGACCUCCCUGCUGCUGGUGGACGCGGCUUUACUGUGGCUGCUUCAGGGCCCUCUGGGGACUUUGCUUCCUCAAGGGCAGCCAGGACUAUGGCUGGAGGGGACCCUGCGGCUGGGAGGGCUGUGGGGGCUGCUAAAGCUAAGUGGGCUGCUAGGAUUUGUGGGGACACUGCUGCCCCCGCUCUGUCUGGCCACCCCCCUGACUGUAUCCCUGAGAGCCCUGGUGGCGGGGGCCUUACGUGCUCCCCCAGCCAGAGUCGCUUCAGCCCCUUGGAGCUGGCUGCUGGUGGGGUACGGGGCUGCGGGGCUCAGCUGGUCACUGUGGGCUGUUCUGAGCCCUCCUGGAGCCCAGGAGAAGGAGCAGGACCAGGUGAACAACAACGUUUUGAUGUGGAGGCUGCUGAAGCUCUCCAGGCCGGACCUGCCUCUCCUUGUUGCCGCUUUCUUCUUCCUUGUCCUUGCUGUUUUGGGUGAGACAUUAAUCCCUCACUAUUCUGGUCGUGUGAUUGACAUCUUGGGAGGUGAUUUUGACCCCCAUGCCUUUGUCAGUGCCAUCUUCUUCAUGUGCCUCUUCUCCUUUGGCAGCUCACUGUCUGCAGGCUGCCGAGGAGGCUGCUUCACCUACACCAUGUCUAGAAUCAACUUGCGGAUCCGGGAGCAGCUUUUCUCCUCCCUGCUGCGCCAGGACCUCGGUUUCUUCCAGGAGACUAAGACAGGGGAGCUGAACUCAAGGCUGAGCUCGGAUACCACCCUGAUGAGUAACUGGCUUCCUUUAAAUGCCAAUGUGCUCUUGCGAAGCGUGGUGAAAGUGGUGGGGCUGUAUGGCUUCAUGCUCAGCAUAUCGCCGCGACUCACCCUCCUUUCUCUGCUGCACAUGCCCUUCACGAUAGCAGCCGAGAAGGUGUACAACACCCGCCAUCAGGCAGUGCUUCGGGAGAUCCAGGAUGCAGUGGCCAGGGCAGGGCAGGUGGUGCGGGAGGCCAUUGGAGGGCUGCAGACCGUUCGCAGUUUUGGGGCUGAGGAGCAUGAAGUCUGUCGCUAUAAAGAGGCCCUUGAACAAUGCCGGCAGCUGUAUUGGCGGAGAGACCUGGAACGCGCCUUGUACCUGCUCGUAAGGAGGGUGCUGCACUUGGGGGUGCAGAUGCUGAUGCUGAGCUGUGGGCUGCAGCAGAUGCAGGAUGGGGAGCUCACCCAGGGCAGCCUGCUUUCCUUUAUGAUCUACCAGGAGAGCGUGGGGAGCUAUGUGCAUACCCUGGUAUACAUAUAUGGGGAUAUGCUCAGCAACGUGGGAGCUGCGGAGAAGGUUUUCUCCUACAUGGACCGACAGCCAAAUCUGCCUUCACCUGGCACACUUGCCCCCACCACUCUGCAGGGGAUUGUGAAAUUCCAAGAUGUCUCCUUUGCAUAUCCCAAUCGCCCCGACAGGCCUGUGCUCAAGGGGCUGACGUUCACCCUACGUCCUGGUGAGGUGACGGCGCUGGUGGGACCCAAUGGGUCUGGGAAGAGCACGGUGGCUGCCCUGCUGCAGAAUCUGUACCAGCCCACAGGGGGACAGGUGCUGCUGGAUGAAAAGCCCAUCUCACAAUAUGAACACUGCUACCUGCACAGCCAGGUGGUUUCAGUUGGGCAGGAGCCUGUGCUGUUCUCCGGUUCUGUGAGGAGCAACAUUGCAUAUGGGCUGCAGAGCUGCGAAGAUGAUAAGGUGAUGGCGGCUGCCCAGGCUGCCCACGCAGAUGACUUCAUCCAGGAAAUGGAGCAUGGAAUAUACACAGAUGUAGGGGAGAAGGGGAGCCAGCUGGCUGCAGGACAGAAACAACGUCUGGCCAUUGCCCGGGCCCUUGUACGAGACCCACGGGUCCUCAUCCUGGAUGAGGCUACUAGUGCCCUGGAUGUGCAGUGCGAGCAGGCUAAAACCUUUUGGAAGUUCAUGAUAUUUUGAAUUUCAAUGGAUAUUUCCUAGGAAUAAUGAGUUCAAAUGAACGAAUAUGUGGAACAAAGCAUCACCAACAUUUAUUUUUUCAGGAUGAGGUGAUGGAGAAAACCAUCACAGAGAAAUUGAGGCAAAUAGUACAUAUAAAACAAUACUUUGGGUGAGUCCACCCAUCCCAAAGUCAUAUCAAAGAAGUGGCUGCAGAUUGGAGCCCAAAGCCUUUGGUUCCUCAGUUUCCAAAUGGAUUCUCACUAGGCAGGAUCAUGAGUUUGCUUUGGACACCCCAAAUUCUAACUAUUUCUUUUGUUUCUCACAUCCUUUCCUUCUUCCCCAGCCCCUUCCCCUCAUGUUACACCUCUUGCUAGUUUGAGACGCCAAUCGCCACUGAGAAAGAAUUAAACCAAUAUUUUGAGCUGGCAAAAUUCUUAGCCUAGUACAAUUCCUUCAAUUAAACUGUAGCUCAAGAA